UGCUGCUGCGCCGGGUAUUUAUCAGAAGAGUCGUGACUAUCCCGUCUCCACUGCUAGUUAGGUUGUCAGACGGUUCCUAGUGUACUCGGUUUCUCAUUUUCAACCUAGUGGCCUUCGACAGGUUUCGCAAAGUGCGAUUUUGGAGUAGACAUCCAUAAUUAAUUUUGUAUAUUUAGUUUAUUUUUAUACUGUGUGAGAAAGAAUGUCGGCCUCAAGCCCCGAAUACUCUCCGUUCUUCGCAGUGAUGGGCGCCUCUGCGGCUAUGGUGUUUAGCGCCUUGGGAGCAGCCUAUGGCACAGCUAAGAGCGGUACAGGUAUUGCUGCCAUGUCUGUGAUGAGGCCGGAGCUCAUCAUGAAGUCAAUCAUCCCCGUUGUCAUGGCGGGUAUCAUAGCCAUCUACGGCCUGGUAGUAGCAGUGCUGAUUGCCAACCAAAUUACACAGACAAUCCCCCUCUACAGGGCUUUCCUCCACCUGGGAGCUGGGCUGAGCGUGGGCCUGAGCGGGCUGGCGGCAGGCUUCGCAAUUGGCAUCGUGGGCGACGCAGGCGUGAGAGGCACAGCUCAACAGCCAAGGCUUUUUGUUGGCAUGAUUCUCAUCUUGAUUUUCGCUGAGGUCUUGGGUCUCUACGGGCUCAUUGUCGCCCUCAUUCUGUCCACGAAAUAAACACCCAAAACAUCUCCACUACAAGAUCUGUCCUUUAUGUUGCUGCUGGAGAAAAAGUGUAAAACGGGAAAAAAUUGUUAAAAUUUCUGCCACACAAGAUGAAGGAAGUGAAAGCGGGGGAAAAAAUGAAUUAAAAUGGCUCCAUAAAUAUGGUCUUAUCUCAACAAUGUGUACAGUCGUCCCAAUUUGAUAGUCAACUUGUAAAUGCGCAAUGUAGUGAUUUGUCCGUCUUGUGUGUGCGUGUGUGUGCGUGUGUGUUUCAAAACAGUUGUAUGAUGAAGAUUCUUUUUUUUCCCUCCACUUAUUUCAGGCCUUGAGGCCAGCUGAGGCAGCUUGGCCUCUGGUCUUAAAGAGCUGACCAAAGGGCCGCGCAGCUUUUUCUCCUCCCAUAUCGAUUUGGGAGUUGACACAAUUUCUGCAUUAAUCUUGAGGAUCUAUUUGUAAAGAGAAAUGUGUAUGGACUUAAGAUUUUUUUCCACUGAUUUUAUUUGUAAGAAAUUGUUCAUUGAACUGUUUAAAUGCAGCAAAAGUCUUUAAUUCCCCAGGAUAUAUUAUACAUAUAUACAGACAUAUAAAUAUCUAUAUAGAUAGAUUUAAUGCACUGUUGGUUAAUUGUGAUAAGUGGUUGGAAUUCCUCUGGAUGUAACUCUUGGUUUAAUAAUUAAGAUUGCCUUUAGUAUGUUGCUGGUGGGUGGGAGUUUUGUGUGUAGCUGUAUUCUAAUCAUUACGCAAACAUUCUCAAACUUCAGUGUUUUUCCUGUAGUACUGCUGUUUGCAUUAAAGGUGUGUGCCCCGUGUUGGGUCUCACAAGUGUAAUUUCCAAAUUCCAUCUCCUCCAUCUUAUUCACACACCCCUCCCCCUCAUCUGUAGCUGUACGUCAUCUCUUCCACAUUCCAGCCAUUAAAAUCCUGCAUGGAUUUCAGUGUUUUGUUGCUGUUGGAUAUGAAGCUGAAGAGCAGGCUAGUUUCAGAAGAUUUAAUCCAGAUCAAAAGCUUCAUGUGGCGUAAAUCAUCCAAAAAAUCAAGUUUUAAAUAACACAAGAAGGCAAGAUGGUAUUGUUUGUAGCAAGCAGCAGGGAUGCAGUGAGAUUAGUGUUCCAAGUCUGGCCUAGUUUUCAAAAGGACUGGUCCAAUUUGAUCUGGAGUAUUUUUCUGAAAAUGGAACUGCUGCUGACGCAUUUACUAAAGAGCCAAUCUACAAUCCUGUAUUACCACUGGUAUUGAAGUAAUCCUGAUGUGUCGACGUGAAUGUUUUCACAAUCGAAUUAAAGAAGAUUCCAACUUA